AUGCAUAAAGGCAAGAGGGCUGAUAGGCUCAGCGCAUUGCCUGAUGACAUUCUGGUCAACAUUCUUGACCGACUCAAUCUCCGCGAGGCUGCGAGAACCAGCGUCCUCUCCAGACGGUGGACUCAACUCUGCGCCAAUCUGUCUCAACUUAUAAUAAGUGCUCAACACUUCCUUCCCAAUGGCGUGUUAUGCACCGGCGUCUCUAAUGAUGAAUUGGUUCGCAUCAAUGCCGCUGUGGUCCAAGCGAUGGAGAGCAUACUGACCCGCAGAAAUCCUGGAGAGCACACCAUCCGCCUUCUGUCCACGACGUUCUACUUGAGAGAUGAUGUCCCCAUAUCCAUUGGGUGUGCUGUCGGUCAUGCCAUGUGGGCACACCUGAUCGAGAAUGCGAAAUUCAAUGUUAUGACAGGGAAGUAUGACAUCAUUGACUUGGACGAGGAUGAUCUGGUCACCGCUGGGAGAAAAUUCAUGUUGUUCUUUAAUGCCUGCCCAAGUGCAUUUGGUGGUCUCACUACCCUCGACCUAGAGAAUUUGAGAUUUGGUGAAUCGGACAUAUCCAACGUCCUCGUCACUUGCAAGCGGCUGAAGCACUUGUGUUUGUACAAUUGUGACUCAGGUGAUUGCAGCACGCUGCAACUUGAACAUGCUCAUCUCAGUGAGCUUAGUAUUGCCCACUGUAGGCUCGUGCAAGUUCAGCUGAACUGGCUUCCUCAACUCACAAAGAUGGUCUUUGAAGGUUGGCUGCGUUUCCAAGAUCCACUAUUUAUUGGUCAUGUCCCAUUGUUGGAGACUGUAAGCCUCACAAACCUCGCCCUUAGUCACAGCAGGAUGGUCGAGUUAAGUGAGUUUCUUAGCGGUACCUCUAUACGAGAUCUGAAGUUGGAAUUUAAUUCUGAAAAGAUUUGGGUGCAGCCAGAAUGUCCGACACAACGUCUGGCGUCUGUUUUCCGCCAGCUAAGGUUUGUGAAUCUAGCUAAUCUUCCUCAAGGGUAUGAUCUCACCUGGACAAUAUUUAUUCUUGAAGUUGCGCCCUUACUGAAGGAGCUAUACAUGACGGUAUCGGAUCAUGCGUGUUUAACGGAAACGGAUAAGGAGAAGAGGAAAGAAGGAUCAUAUAGUGAGAACAAGGGUGUAGAGUGGGACUCUAUCACAACAGGUUUCCAACACCAGAGCAUGACCACACUCGUCAUCAUUGGCUUUGAAUCUGAAGACUGCUUUGUGAGUUAUAUCAGACGCGUUAUGGUGGCGGCGGUCAAUCUAGCAAACGUGUUCUUGUAUAGUAGGUUGGUGUGUGGCAAGUGCGAGGAGAAGCCUAAUAGGUACCCCUGGACUAAAAGGCAGAGGGUCUCACUGAAGAGGAGACUCAUAGCUGGGAUUGAGUCAUUUGCCAUAUUUCACUUUGUUGGCAUGAGGGUUGCCCAUAUAGAAAAAAUGAAGUACCCACAGUGCUCACUGCUUGAGGCAAAAAGGUCUUUUACGUGA